CAGACAUCUAGGUGAUCUAACUGGGAGUAAUCCUACAGAAACAAAAGGGAGCUGACCCAGGAUCCCCAGGUCCAAGUGCAAUGGGAUCCACAGGACUAUGUUUUUAUGGACACUGUAUUGUCAUGUGCCUUCUACAGAUGAUCACAGCAAGCUCAGAGCCAUUUAUAGUGAACGGCUCAGAGGGGCCAGUCUUGGCUUCAUUGGGUGGAAACUUAGAACUCAGUUGUCAGUUGUCUCCACCACAACAAGCCCAGCACAUGGAGAUUCGCUGGUUCCGGAACCUCUAUACAGAGCCUGUGCACCUGUACAGAGAUGGCAAAGACAUGUUUGGAGAAAUUAUCUCCAAGUAUGUGGAACGAACAGAACUCUUAAAAGAUGGGAUUGGAGAAGGGAAAGUGACCCUUAGGAUCUUUAAUGUGACUGUUGAUGAUGAUGGGUCUUACCACUGUGUGUUCAAAGAUGGUGAUUUCUAUGAAGAGCACAUAACAGAGGUCAAGGUCACAGCCAUAAACUUACGGGUACAGAUUAAUGUGCACCCUCCUAAUACCAAAGGUGUGAUAGUGGAGUGUCACUCUGGAGGUUGGUUCCCACGGCCUCUUAUGCAAUGGAGAGACAGAAGAGGGGAGGUCAUUCCAGCUGCAUCAAAAUCCCACUCACAGGGUAGAGACAAACUGUUCAAUAUGAAGAUAUCCCUUCUCAUUAGAGAAAGCUUCUUUCCGAAAGUCAUUUGUUGCCUUCAGAACCCUCUAACAGGCCAAGAGGAAAGGACAAGUGUUAUUCUAUCAGAUGCAUUUUUUUCGUGGAAUAGGAUUUGGAAAAUGAUUCUGGGUAUAAUACUAUCUAUGAUGGUGGUCUCUAUCCUUGUUUUUAGUUGUCUGCUACAUCAUGAGCAUAAAGUUUUUAGGUGCACGUGGGAUGCUCCUUGGAUAAUAGGAUUAUUAAUAAUUACAUCUUCUGUGGUGACUGUUGUAUUAGUCAUGGUGUAUUUACAUAUGAAACAAAGAGUUCCUGUUUCAGAUGUACAUUUUGAAUUGGAUACUUUGUGGGUGGAAGACAUAAGUGUAAUCCUGUGUUCACUGAUGGUUCCUGCCACCAUGCUCGUUUCCUAUACAUACUUCAGGUUGAAAGACUGGUGCCAGCACAAUCAUGCUCAGAGAGUCUUCACCAGCAACUGAUGGAAACAGGUGAAAAGAUCCACAUCCAAACAUUAAGCAGACUUCGGGGAAUCCUAUAGAAGGAAGGGCAAGGAAUGUAAGAACC